CGAGAGUUGUGGGUGGGACUGUAUUGAUCUGAAACAGAGAGGGAGGCGCACAAAACUGCACAGGAGGAGGAAAAGCUUCAGCAGAAGAGCCUCAGCUCUCUGUCUGUGCACACAUUACCAGCAGCGGUACAUUUAAAUCUGAAUAUUUUUACCUCUUCUUCUAUUUUUUUUACUCCAAUAACAGAAAGACUUCAGAACUGACUGUGAGAAACAUGUGAGAAGAAGAAUGAGGUUAUGAGUAAUGUGUUUAAGGCAAGUCAGCGUCAUGGAUUUUGCCAUCCAUCCUCGCUGUUCGCGUUGCAAAAUGUUCGUCUCCAAUGGGCAGUACUUUCUCCCGUCGCCUGGGAAUUUGGAAAUUCCUUAAGUCRCCGCAGAUCAGACGAACCCCCCUGUGAGAAAGACAAACAUGAAUAACAGUUCAUCGUACAACAGCACCUCAGAGGGUCUUCAUGGCACACCAACAACAAGCAUCAUCAUGUUUUUGGCCGGAGUCGUGGGAAACCUUCUCGCCCUCUUCAUCUUGGGUGUUCACCAGAAGAAGCACCAUUCCAGGUCAUCGAUCUUCUGCAUCCUGGUGACGGGCCUGGCCCUUACGGACCUGCUGGGCACCUGCCUCCUCAGCCCACUCGUGUUCGUGUGCUAUGCCCACAACAAGAACCUGAUAACUCUGGGUGGCGAUAGCUUGUGCAACUUCUUUGGCUUCACGAUGAUCUUCUUCGGCCUGGCGCCCACACUCAUUCUGUGUGCCAUCGCCACAGAGCGCUGUUUGGCCAUCAGCCACCCGUACUUUUACUCCGUGCACAUCCGCCGCAGCUUUGCCAAAGUCGCUCUUGUCUUUAUUUAUCUCUUCUCCUUGGCCUUCUGCCUCUUGCCGUACAGCGGCUACGGAAGGUUCCGACAAUACAACCAAGGCACGUGGUGCUUUGUUGAUAUGGAUGCAACGGGGGAUGAACACCCCAACUUGGUGUUGGCCUUCUCUCUGUCCUACUCCUCCCUCAUGGCUCUGCUGAUUUUCAUCGUGUUCGUCUGCAACGGGUCGGUGAUCGUCAGCCUCUGCCAGAUGCACCAAAGCCAGCUGGUCCGGCGUGGCUCGGUGGUGUCGAUGGGGAGGAAGAAGAAGCUGAGCCUGGCCUGGUUCGUACAGGGGGAAGAGGAAAUGGAAUACCUUGUGUGGUUGGCACUAAUGACUGUCAUCUUUGCAGUGUGCUCCCUSCCCCUGAUCAUUGCAGGUUUUGUCAACGCCAUACAUCCAUUUCAAGGAGACUCGGAAAACUUAAAAGCYUUCCGCUUUUACGCUUUCAACCCCAUCAUGGACCCGUGGGUCUUCAUCAUCUGCCGCAAGUCCAUGCUCCGUCACCUGUGCUCUCUGCUGAGCUGCCACUUUGGCAAAGGAGCCGUGAAGACGACGGCUCACUGUGCGCUGUCUUUACCUCUGGACAACACCCAGUGCCACAUACAACCCCUGAACUGUGGCACGCUCAAAGAGCCAACAGAACCGACAAACUAAAGAAACCCUUGGCCGCAAAAGACAAAGGACUUCAGGCAGUGAAGCUGUUCUGUGCUCYAGCUGUUUGAGCUUCAGCUGCRCCCUUCAGGGCUCACCGCAGCGAGCGAACUCACGCAAGAUUUGCCAAAUGUUUUACACCAGACGCCCUGUCCUGAUGCAGCCUGGCAUCCAACUUGUAGCUUCAGAUUACGAGACUAUGCACUGACCGCCAAAGCUACUGCAGUCAMGUAGCAACUCUCACAUGACAUUUCAAUAUGGGGCUUACAAAGGGAACAAACAUGCUGACACCCCAUCUUAAAACAAAGCAUUGGGACUGAGCAACAAGGAACACAUCCAAUCAUAUGUUAUUUGUGCACUCAGCUUAAGCUACUUCCUGUGCAAAAAUGUAUUCUGUCAUUUUAUUUUCUCAAUCAUCCUUUUCCUAUAACAUAUUCUCAGGCCUGCAGCAUUCAGAGAGUCAGCUGAGGAGCAAAUGCAGCGUAAAAAUGAAUUUUAGCUCCUGAUGUAACCGGCAUCCCUGAUGAUUUUAUACAGCUGUAACAUACACAGCUUAUAAUCCAAGAUCAUCUCAAAUUCUGCAACCAUGUGUUUCCCUUUACCUCAGAUGUGCAUGAAGGUUAAUAGUGACUUGGGCUACUUARUGCACACAUUUAUACAGGGUCAGAUCUGGAAAUAACAUAUACAUUCAGUAAUGUUCAUCAUAAUGCAUCUAAUUCACAACAUAAAUCAUUUGUUUUAUACACUUCAUCUGUUGUCUUCUAUUGUGGUUGAAGUGAAUGCAUUGAAUUGGCAAAAAUGUGCAUUAAAAUGUGUCCUUAAAAUCAUUGUCCUAAUUUACCUUUACAUCAAAAUUCUCUAACAGUUCUUCAGAAAUUAUCCUUUUCAUUUUCUUAGACAUGGCUGCUGCCAUAGUGAUGGGAAAUCCCUUUGUAUAAUGUUUGCCAUCGUUGUGAAUCAUUGUUAUGUCUUUGUGGAAAAUAGUUGUAAAGUUUCAGAUGUUAAGUCCAGAGUAAAAGUGAGUUAUUUUUUCUGUACAAAGACUGACUACAAGCUGCCUACAGUAAAAUAAAGUUGCCACAAUGAAGCAAUUGAAACUAGUAUAGUAUUAAAAAUGGAUGUAAAGGUAAGAAAAAAAUGUAUUUUUGUGAAUUAAAGCAUGCAAAUUACUUUUAUUGACACCAUAUAUACAACUAUGAGUUGAAAAUUAUUAGGGAUUAUUUGAAAGAAAACUGUUUUCAUUUUGGUAAUGUUCCUCACMUUUACCUUUAAAGCAAGUAGAAAGAAACACAAACUGCAUUUGUUCUGUUUUUUUGUUUUUCUGGCUUCCUGUAGAAAUAUGUAUUCUGUAGAAAAAGUCUGACACCUUCUGGAAGGAUUAAACCAUGAAAUCAGUAUAUUUAUGUUUUCACAGGACAGAAUUACAGCUAUUCUGUUUUUUUAAACCAAACUGUUUAUCCUUUUUAUCGUAAAAAACCCCAAAAAACAUAUUACGACAAACAAUUUUUUGAUUUUAGACAUUUUAGUUUUAAAGAUGCUCUUACUUUAAGUUCUGCUCAGUCAAAAAAUAACAACAACCCAAAUCUCCAAAACCCAUCGCUAUCUUUGUAAGUGAACUUUAUUGAAAAAAGAAAGAGAACAUUUUAAAUAUUUUUUGCCCUCAUGUUAACAAACGAGACUAAACUACCUCGUCCCUUUUCAAAGAGACUUAUUAACUUGUACUAACCUGACAUCUUUGUGUAAAAUGACCACUGUAUAAGGAAUGUAGCAUGUUGUUGUUGUUUUUUGUUUAUCUUGCACCCUAAAAUUUUAAACAAGUAUGUCAUGCAAUCUUUCAGCAUUAUGUGACAGGGAUAAAUCUCAGCAAAAUACCAAACUGAAGUUUAGCUCAAAAUCUAUAAAGGGACUGAAUUAGAGCCACUUUUGGGUUGGCUUGAUUUGCGUUAGCUCCACCAYUUAAUCUAAUGUGGUGUUGCAUUCAGUAAUUACUAGUAGUUCAWAAAAUAUUUUGCUAACAGACACCCUGGCAGUGGCUGCUGCAGCGAGCACUUUAAGAAUGUUUUGCWUUUUGUUCUGGAUUUUGAUGUGACUUCAACUCCUCUACUGAUGAUUUUUUUACUUCCUUCUUMUUGUGGCUUCUUUGAUUGUUGAUCACGUGAUCCUAUUUUUAAUCUGUGGUUCAGUCACGCAUGACCAAGUGCACGUCAAAAGAUUCCCACCAGCACAUUUCUUCUUUGAGGGUGUGCAAAUUGUAAAUAUMUGAUUUGUAAAUCCAAGAAAAGAAACAAAAGUAUAUAGUCCUAUGUAAAAAAAAAGAAUAAUAUAGUAUUGUUGUAUGUGGUGUGUGUUUGGUUAAUGUGAAAUAAAAAACUACAAGAAAAAGAAAAACUCA